ACGUUUAAUAUACGGUUUUCGACACCGUAUAGAAAUGCAUUGUAUCGAUACGAGCUGUCGUUUCUCUUUAACAGAAAUUCGGAGCGCUUGGCCAAUCAGAACAAUGAAGGGGGAGGGAAGAAAGCGAGUGGGUAGCAACAGUUGCCCUGGUGAGGACGAAGCGCCAUAGCCGCGGUAGCCCUGGCGACAAGAACCCCAGCAACGCGAAUCAACAACAACAAACGAAUCCUUAAAAUUAAAAACAAUUUACCGCUGGAAAGUUCAUUCGGAAAAAGAGCUGAAAGCCACGACUCCACAACGUAAAUUGUCAGAAGUUGAAUAGGGAAGGGGCGUGGCAGGGAAGGGCGUUUUUACUUUGUAGUGGGGAUUCCCAGGUGGAGCCAUGGCCACCUCAGGCUAUGUGGGAGAGACACAGCCGGCGAGUCUACCCCAAGGGGGCCCUGGUGUUUCCAUGUCGUCGGUGGAGGUGGCCACCUCCACCACCACCACCACUCAGUACCUGGCUGAGAUCCAGACGUCCCCCACUGCCAGCACGCCAGGGGUUACAGGGGCGUCCGGCGAGGCCCAGAGCCCCACCAUCGAUGGGCAGAAGCCGGCAGUCCAGGCCCCCCAAACGGCGGUUGUGGCCCAGACCCAGUAUGUGACCGCAGAAAUCCAGGGCUCCCCCACACAGACGGGCCACACUCAAAGCACGCCACAGUACAUUGUGGUCACCGUCACAGAGGGAUCCCUCCACUCCAGCGACAGCGUUUCAGACUCCAGCCCCCCUCCAGUUGUGGUCCAAACAGGCGUUCCCACACAGGUGGUCCAACAGGUGCAGACUGCUCAGCAGCGGUCCGUUGUGCAGGCUACCUCUCAGAUAGCAAAGGCUGAACCGGGCACCCAGCUCACGGUCACAAGUCUACAGCCUGUCCAUAUCAGCCAAGAGGUGCAGCAGCAACUGACCCAGGUGCAACACGUGUACACCAACCAGGUUCAGUAUGUGGAAGGAGGAGACACAAACUACACCACCAGUACUAUCUUCUCCUAUGCCGACGCGCCCCUCUACACCCAGACGACGGCGUCCCAGUACUACGAGGCCAGCACCACCCAGGCCUCCACCCCCGGCACCCCCCUCACCGUGUCGGUCACGGCCGGUUCCGCGGGGGGCGUGUCCAUGUUCGUGGCCCAGCCAGCCAGCGUGGCGGCGGGGGCCGUGGAGGCCGUGGCGGGGUCCGUUGCGGUGGCGUCCGGGGCCAACGGUGGGGCAGACGGGGCCGGCACCAACGGCGGCGCGGCCACUGGGAGCUACGUGAUCCAGGGGGGCUACAUGCUGAGCGGGAGCAGCAACAGCAGUGGUGGCAGUGUGGGAGGGGCUGGAGGUGGAGGUGGAGGUGGAGGUGGAGGUGGAGGAGGAGGAGGAGGAGGAGGAGGAGGGUCAGGUGGAAACGGGCAGAGCUACUCGCUCGCAGCCCGAGCCUCCCCGGCCACCGUGAGUAUUACCGAGGGGGAGGAGAGUAACUUGCCAUCGGCAGACAAGAAGGUACAGUGGUUGCUGGACAACUACGAGACAGCUGAAGGCGUUAGUCUGCCCCGCUCCACGCUCUACUGCCACUACCUGCUGCACUGCCAGGAGCAGAAGCUGGAGCCCGUCAACGCCGCCUCCUUCGGCAAGCUAAUCCGCUCUGUCUUCAUGGGGCUGCGCACGCGCCGCCUUGGCACACGGGGUAACUCGAAGUACCACUAUUACGGCCUGAGGAUCAAGGCUAGCUCCUCUCUCAUUCGGCUGAUGGAGGACCAACAGCACCUGGCCAUGAGGCAGCAGCCUUUCUCCCAGAAGCAGAGGUUGAAACCGGUGCAGAAGAUAGAGGGAAUGACCAAUGGCACAGGAUCAGGGGCGGGACAACAGCAGCAGCCACACGGGGCGGGGCUGUCUGACAUCAGCGCCCAGGUUCAGCAGUACCAACAGUUCCUCGACGCAUCCAGAGCCCUGCCAGAGUUUCCGGACAUCGACCUGCAAGGGAAGGCUCUGCCCGAGGGCGUAGAGCUGGAGCACAUCAAGAGCUUCCAGCUGCUCUACAGAGAACACUGUGAGGCAAUCCUGGAUGUGAUCGUCAACCUGCAGUUCACGUUGGUUGAGACACUUUGGAAGACCUUCUGGAGGUUCAGCCAGAAUCAGCCUGCCGACUCUGCUGCACUGGCCGUCCACGACGAGUCUGAGAAGCGUCUGCCCAAGUCCUGUCUGGUGGUCCUCUGUAAGUACGAGCCGGUGCUGCGGUGGAGCCGAGACUGUGACAACAGCCUGUACCAGGCGCUGGUGGAGAUCCUCAUCCCUGACGUCCUCAGGCCCAUACCCAGUGCCUUAACACAAGCCAUCCGUAACUUCGCCAAGAGUCUGGAGAGCUGGCUGACCAACGCCAUGAUGAACAUCCCAGAAGAAAUGGUCCGCAUCAAGGUGACGUCCGCCAGUGCCUUUGCCCAGACGCUGCGUCGCUACACCAGCCUGAACCACCUGGCCCAGGCAGCCCGCGCUGUGCUGCAGAACACCGCUCAGAUCAACCAGAUGCUCUCCGACCUCAACCGCGUGGACUUUGCUAACGUACAGGAGCAGGCGUCCUGGGUGUGCCGCUGUGAGGACCGCGUGGUGCAGCGGCUGGAGCAGGACUUCAAGCUCACGCUGCAGCAGCAGAACUCCCUGGAGCAGUGGGCCGCCUGGCUGGACGGGGUGGUGUCCCAGGUGCUGAAGCCCUACCAGCACAGCGCUGCUUUCCCCAAGGCUGCCAAGCUCUUCCUGCUCAAGUGGUCCUUCUACAGCUCCAUGGUGAUCAGGGACCUGACCCUGCGCAGUGCGGCAAGCUUUGGUUCCUUCCAUCUGAUCCGGCUGCUGUACGACGAAUACAUGUACUACCUGAUAGAGCACAGGGUAGCCCAGGCUAAAGGGGAGACCCCCAUCGCGGUCAUGGGAGAAUUUGCCAGUUUGGGCAGGAUGUUAAAUCCACUGGACCCAGACAAAGAGGAGGAAGAGGAGGAGGAAGAGGAAGAGAGCGAUGACGAGGGCCAGGAGCUUUCCCUCCAGUCAGACGGCGCCGGGCUGGGGGAGGAAUCUCUUGAACCCCCGGCCAAGCUGGCCAGAACGGACCAGCGGGUUCUCUUCCCGCCCGACUCUGCGGACAACUGAGGACGCUUGGUUAACCAGGCGGCCACUUGCAUGGCGGCGCAUUGUCCUGUACCGGAUGGAACGUUAGGAGGGAGAGAAGGGUAUGUCCGUGCCCCAACCACCGCAGCCGCCGUCGUUGAAUCCAACAUUCCACCUUGCCGGGUCCGAUUUUUCUUCAGGCGCAUCAUAUCCCCCUUUCUAUCCAACAGGGUGGGAGAGCAGAGUUUUUACCCAGCACAAUCAAACUGGUAGUCAGACCGGCAUUGCUGCAACAGAAUGGGACUAUAAGUCGCUGUGAUAAGAUGUUGAUAACACCUGAUUGCCUUUUGGGUAAUUGGAAGCAAAGCAAGAUGCAAAUAAUUUGUUGACCUUGGCCAGGGUCAACUUGGAAAGAACUUUAUUUAAACUGGAAUUAAACCUGGAGUCCAAGGUCUUGCCGUAAUGAUGCGUCACGUCGUUUUCUUUCCGAAACGUUGCUUCCGUGUGUUGUAGUCUUGAGGUUUUUGUUUUUUGGUGAAGAGAGGUGAUGCAUUAGAAAAGACAACCUGCUGCUAGACAGUUAGUGGUUAUUGCCAGCCCCUUUAGCAGUCACUUUUAAGCUAAUGUGUAUCUCUACAUGACGGACGAUUCUUAAAAAAAAGAAGGGAUUUUGAUUGUGUGAAUGUUUUACAAAUUCCUCCUGUGUGCUCUCUGUACGCUUGUGUGAUCCACUGCUUUGCUGUCGCAUCGAGCUGAAGUGUGUGUGUGUGUGUGUGUGUGUGUGUGUGUGUGUGUGUGUGUGUGUGUGUGUGUGUGUGUGUGUGUGUGUGUGUGUGUGUGUGUGUGUGUGUGUGUGUGUGUGUGUGUGUGUGUGUUGGAUAUUGUAAAUGUGCAAGUGCAGUUGUGGGAUGUUGCGUCAUGCCAAGUGUUGAUCCUUUUUGUUACUUUCUUCCUCACGUGGAUGUUUUCCAUUGAUAUAUAAACAUGUCAAGAGAUUUAUUAUAGUCGCCACUUUAAGAAAUGUUUUGUUUGUUUUUUCCAUUGCAUGUCAUUGUUACUUGUUGUCGUUGUGUAAUUAUCGCAAACCUGGUUCACGCCCUGUGAUUUAAAGUGGUCCCAGUAGUUCCUGCAAAAAACAACAACAAAAACCACGUUCCAUCGUUCUUCAUUUUAUUUAACAUCUGUUGUGUGUGUGUGCAAUGAGAGGAACUUCGGAGGUCUGAGUGCUUGAUUUCUGACCAUUUCCCUGGUUCCUCUGUGGCCUAUUUAUCCUGUGGCAUAUCAUUGUUUUAAGCCUUACUUUAUUUACUUUACUCUGUCAUUCUAACUGUGCCAAAUUGUACGAUUUUCGUCUUGUAUGUUAAUCCCACAUUUUUAUUCUGUUCUGCUUUCCAUGGAGGACUUUGCUGGACUGAGUUAGAAUUGGAGUGUGUGUGUGUGUAUAUGUAUAUGUAUAUGUAUAUGUGUAUAUAUAUAUAUAUAUAUAUAUGUAUAUGUAUAUAUAUAUAUAUAUAUAUAUAUAUAUAUAUAUAUAUAUAUAUAUAUAUAUAUAUAUAUAUAUAUAUAUAUACACUAUAUGAGGUUCUCUCCUGUGACAUUCAUAGAGCCUUUACUUGUGAUGUGUACAGUGGUGUGUCGUCACAUAUUGUAAGCAUCCUUGCUGUACAUUCGUCCUAUUAUUAUUAUUUUCCUCACACACAAGCAAUUCUUUGCACAGCUUAAUUAGAAAAUAUAUAUGUCUGGAAGUCACAGAACAUGUCAAGGUUUUUUGGUUAUUGUUAUCACAGGCCUUUCUUGCUUGUCUUGAGAUUGAUGUAUUUAAUUAGUGGCGUCCGCCAGGUGGCAAGUAAUACUGAGCUGCUGUAUCCGUGUCAGAUGCUUCUGAGAAGAGAAAGACCUGUUGGACAGCUCUUUCUUCACAAUUCCUCUCUUGACUUGUUUUCUCUUUACCCUGCAUCACACCUUCCAUGCCUUUUGUCAUUUGUUAUGGAUUUCAAUAGAAAAGUAUUGUGUGUGUGUGUGUGUGUGUGUGUGUGUGUGUGUGUGUGUGUGUGUGUGUGUGUGUGUGUGUGUGUGUGUGUGUGUGUGUGUGUGUGUUACCGUUGUUACAGGAUCUACCGUUAACACAGCUUAAUACAUAUCGCUGGCCAUUCUCAACUCCAUAAGAAAUCCUGACACUUUUUUUUUUUAUAGUGCUACAAUUUUACUU